AUGUCAUCUACAGAAGCCGAUGCUUCUGGGUCGGCAACCGAUUCCGCCACAGGGACAGCAGCAUCAGUUACCAGCUCCAUCGUGAGCUCUUUGAUUUCCUCUGCUAUCUCCGCCUCCGAGAGCUUGAGUGCUUCUGAAACCGCCUCCGAUGAACCUACAAGAACAUCAGGCGGUGGUGGCAUUUCUUUACCUGCCACGCAAACCAGCGCUGCGAACAGCGACCGAGGCAUUGGAAUCGUCACUUUCCUCACAGCGUUGGGUGUAGCUGUCGCUAUUUUUACUGUCCAGCUUCUGGCGUUCCUUUUCCUACGCAACAAAUUGGCCCGUAUCUUCAAACCCAAAACUUAUCUUGUCCCCGAACGUGAACGAACCGAGCCACCACCAAGGACGAUAGGUGGUAUGCUAAAGACGUUAUGGCACUACGACGAUCGUGAAAUCAUUAACAAAUGUGGACUGGACGCCUACUUCUUUCUCCGCUAUCUCAAGACACUGCUCAUCAUUUUCCUCCCCAUUUGCUGCGUUGUUAUGCCGAUCCUGAUUCCUAUCAAUUUUGUUGGUGGUGUCGGUCAAAAGGUUGACGUCAAUGAGGAAGAUCGGACAAUUGGUCAAGACGACGGUAAACCCACUGGUUUGGACACGCUAGCAUGGGGAAAUGUCAGCCCCAAGAACACUGGCAGAUACGGCGCCCAUUUACUCAUGGGCAUUCUCGUGAUUAUUUGGGUUUGUUGGGUGUUCUUUAUCGAGCUUAAGGUUUAUGUCAAGGUUCGACAAGACUACCUUACAAGUGCAGAGCAUCGACUGAGGGCUUCGGCCACUACCGUUCUGGUCAACUCAAUUCCUGCCAAAUGGCUCAGCGAGGAGGCUUUGAUGGGUUUGUUUGAUGUGUUUCCUGGCGGUAUAAGAAAUAUUUGGCUCAACCGAGACUUAUCGCCACUGCUUGAAAAGGUCAAAGAACGAAAUCAGAUCCACGCCCAGCUUGAGCAAGCAGAAACCGACCUCAUCAAAGCUGCAAAGAAGGCUCAGCUAAAACAGGCCAAAGCGGCCGAAAAGAAGGAGCGAAAAGAGAUGAAGCUCAAGGCGCUUAGCAAGCAAGAAAGGGCUGAAAGACAGGCAGAGACAGAUGCCGAAGCUCAGAGGAUGGCAAACAGUGCCGGAGGUACCGCCGCUGGUGACAAGCAUGAAGUCCCUCACAGUGUUGAUGCAGGUGUCCGUGAAUCUCGUUAUGAGGUCGAGCACAACGCGCAUAACCAUGCUGAUAAUGAGGAGAAGGGGAAGCCGAAGGGCUUUAGAGUACCACUUCUGGGUGACCCCCUUGCUAAAGUCGGCCACGGCAUUAUGGGUGUUGUUUCUAAGGCUGGCAAUAACGUGGAUGAGACGCUGGAGACAACAAACGGUUUCAUGGGCUUGGGCCAGACUAAUGACCCCCGAGCUCCGUCUCGCGGCUCUGACAGAUAUCGUAUUCGGCCUUCAGUGGACGAGGAAGAGCUUAACUCGCCUUCAGACACCCUCCGUGUACACAAUAACUCACGAAACAGCGCUCGAGAUUCAGCUGAGAGUACUGCUGCCAUCAAUCCGAAGUCAACACGCGAAAGAGCAAACAACCAAGGAAAUACCGUUCGAAAGGUCGAAAAUAUCGAUGAGAUCUACACCAAAGAAGAGUCCAAGUGGUGGGAGUUUUGGAAGCCUCCUCCCGGUGCUUAUGCUUCUCCAGUUCCCCAAGGACAAGUCGCCGCAGCAUAUCGAGACCAAAAGUCUAGCCAGAGCAAGCCGUUGUGGCAAAGAAUCAAGUACGCCCUACCCUUUGUCAGCCCUGAGAUAGAGGAGGGCCCCGUCGAGUACCCAGAAGCUUUCAACCCCGAAUACAAAGAAGAUGCAGAACCUGCGGCGUGGGAGAAAUAUCUUAAGAAGAAGGACCGCCCAACGCAUCGUCUGCCUAUGUUUGAAAAGACGUGGCUUUUCGCUAUACCUUUUGUUACAAAGAAGGUUGACACCAUCUACUGGUGCAGAGAACAACUGGCUCGUCUCAAUGUGGAGAUCGAAGAAGACCAGAAUCACCCCGAACGCUUCCCGCUACUCAACUCAGCAUUCAUCCAAUUUAACCACCAAGUUGCGGCUCACAUGGCUUGCCAGAGCGUCAUUCACCAUCUCCCCAGGCAGAUGGCCCCGAGAAUGAAUGAGAUCUCUCCCAGGGAUGUUAUCUGGGACAACAUGGCGUUCACGUGGUGGCAGGAAUGGUUACGCUCCGGAAUCGUCUUUGUCGCUAUUGUUGCCAUGGUCUUCUUGUGGGCCAUUCCUGUUGCUUGGACGGCCGCACUGAGUCAGCUUGAUAACUUGAUUCGCAACAACUCUUGGCUUCAUUUCUUGAAGGAUAACGAAACACUUCACAAUUUCGCCAAAGCAAUUGCUGGUGUCUUGCCCGCUGUCCUGCUGGGUCUGCUUUUGUUCUUGGUUCCAGUCAUUCUGGGCUUCUUCGCUGAUUUCAAGGGCGCCAAAACAGGAUCCCAGAAAGCCGAGUUCGUGCAGCGAUACUACUUCGUUUUCUUGUUCAUUCAAGUUUUCCUUAUUGUUUCUAUUGCGUCGUUCUUCGCGGCGUCUAUUGAUGCGCUCGUGGACAACGUCAAAAAGUUGCAGACCAUUGGCGACGUUCUUGAUCUUCUCGCGAACAAUCUUCCCACUGCCGCUAAUUAUUUCUUCUCUUACAUGAUUCUGCAGGCCAUGUCCACAAGCUCCGCUACUCUCCUCCAGCUCGGAGCUCUUGUUAUGUGGUACGUCAUUGCGAAGAUGCUGGACAGCACCGCACGCAACAAGUGGUCUCGGAACACCAAACUCAACCAGGUCAGCUGGGGUCGAUUCUUCCCCAUCUACACCAAUUUCGCAUGUAUCGGACUGGUAUACUGUGUUAUCGCGCCACUCAUUUCCAUAUUCGCAAUUAUCACUUUCGCUUUGUUGUGGUUGGCUCAGCGAUACGCCAUGCUCUACGUCACACGUUUCGAGCAUGAUACCGGUGGUGUUCUGUAUCCUAGGGCCAUCAAUCAAACCUUUACUGGCAUCUACUUCAUGGAGCUGUGCAUGGCGGGUCUGUUCUUCAUUACCGAGGAUGAAACCGGCAAGAACACGUGCACUCCUCACGGCAUUGUCAUGAUCGUUGUUCUUGUUCUUACUGUUCUUUACCAAGUACUCCUCAACUACUCGUUUGGGCCACUUUUCCGCUACCUACCGAUCACGUUCGAAGAUGAGGCAGUGUUGCGUGACUUGGCCUUCCAGAGGGCUCAGGAUCAACGUCUCGGCCUUCUUGACGAUGAUGAGCUCCAAGUAGAAUCUCAGAAUGGAAACGAGGUUGAGAAGCCUAGUGAAGCUGAGAAUGGCGACUCCAUUGAGAUGAAGAGAUUCGGCUCGGUACGACGACCUAUGAAGCAGGUUGGAACAUGGGCCAAGGGUGGUGGGCAACAGCUUCGAAAGCUGGCGCUUGUGAACAAGGCGAAGGAUAAGAACAAGAGGGCAUCAGAGUAUCGGCAGCAACAUCGCCGUAAGGAUGUCGAAGCUCAACUUGCUAUAGGAGAAGCACUUUUCGGUGGCAUUCACGACGAAAUCGAGGACCUAACACCAGAGGAGAGAGACGCUCUCGUUAGACACGCCUUCCAGCAUGAGGCUCUCCGAGCACGUCGACCAACAGUCUGGAUUCCCCGUGAUGAUCUCGGCAUUAGCGAUGACGAGAUUCGUCGCACACAGGCGUACAGCGAACACAUCUGGAUCAGCAACGAGGGUACGGCUCUCGACAGCAAGGUCCGUGUGGUUUAUGGCCGUGCUCCUCCUGACUUUUCAGAGGUCGACUUGAUCAACUUGUAA